CCAAGCAGGGGGCUCACAGCAGCAUGAAUGAGAGACAGCUGGUCACAUCAUAUCCACAGUCAAGAGCAGAGAGGAAUGAAUGUUUGCUUGCUUGUGCUCAACUCAGUUUUUCCUCUUAGACGGCUGCAGACCCCUGCCUAGGGAGUGGUGCUGCCCACAGUGGGCUUGGUUGGUCUUCCUCCAUCAACUAACAAGCUCAUCUCCCCACAGAUGUGCCCACAGGCCAACCUGAUUAAUAUGGUCCCUUAUUAAGGACUCUUCCCAGGUGAUGCAAGGAAGGGUUGACAGUUAAGCUAAUCAGAGUGGUACAGUGCAAAUUUGACAUUUACAAGUCUUAGAAACAAAAGGAAGAAAUCAAGAUCAUGUGACCAAAAAUUAUUAAGCAAAUAAAUAUAGAUAGGCUGUGUUUAAAAAAAAAAAGUGUGUGUGUGUUUCUGCCUGUCUGUCUGAGUAGAACCUCAUGCAUGCCAAGAACAAUGUACAAUUGAGCUAUAUCCCAAGGCCCUCAGGUAAAAGUUUUUUUUUUAAAAAGAUACAAAGUAAAGAAAUAGAACACUUUCCUCAAGAGUAGAUCUGUCCAUGACCUUUUCACAUCCUUGUGGGUCUUCUCAGGCAGUCUAUGCAAGUCCAGAACAAAUACUCUUGGCUGAUGUUUCAGCGUUCAGGUCCCAGUGUUCAUCCUGGCUGGCUCACAGGAUCUUUAACACCUUCAGGGGAUCCAACUCCUUCUCUGGCCUCCAUAGACACCCACCCCCACACAUACACACAUUUUUUUCUUUUAUUAUUUUAUUUUUAUAGUACCGGCCAUCAAACCUAUGAAAGUUAGGGUCUAGAUCUAGGCAAGAACUUUACCACUGAGCAUAGCCCUCGAGUUUCCUCCUAUAAGCUUUUUGUUUCUUAUUUGUUUAUAUGACUAUUUUCUGACACACACCGCUGACGCUUUUGUAGUGAGCCAGUCAAUCAGGGUAUUCUUAAUAUUUAAGGUGUAGAGAGCCUGCAUGGUUUGUAAGAAGCUUUUUCAAAAAAAUGUUUGCAAGUAGCCAUGCAUGUAUACCGAAUGAGUGGGAUUUUGGGUUCAAGCCCUUUUAUGAAAGUAACAAUUACAAUACAGGGCUGGAGUGAUGGCUCAGUGGUUAGAAACACAGGCCCCUGGUUGGGUUCAAAUUUCCAGGACCUACAUAACAGCUUACAAUCCUCUGUAACUCCAGUUCCAAAGGACCCAUUGCCCUAUUCUAGCCUCUAUGGAUACCAGGAACAGGAACACAUAUGGUACACAGAUAUACAUGCAGGUAAAACACUGUGGUGGUUUGAAUACAUUUGGCCCAUGGGAAGUGGCACUAUUAGGUGUGGCCUUGUUGGAGAAAGUGUGUCACUAUGUAGGCUGGCUUCGAGGGCUCCUAGUGCUCAAGCUCCUCCUGUCUGCCUUCAGAUCAAGAUGUAGAACUCUCCAUGUUCUUCCAGUGCCAUGUCUGCCUGCAUGCUGCCAUGCUCCCACCAUGAUGAUAAUGGUCGAAUCUUCUACACUGUAAGCCAUCCCCAAUGAAAUUUUGUCCUUUAUAAGAGUUGUCUUGGUCGGUCGUGAUGGCACGACCCUUUAAUCCCAGCACUCAGGAGGCAGAGGCAGGCGAAUUUCUGAGUUCGAGGCCAGCUUGGUCUACAAAGUGAGUUCCAGGACAGCCAGGGCUACACAGAGAAACCCUGUCUUGAAAAACAAAAACAAACAAACAAACAAAAAACCAACAACAACAAAAAAAGGAGUUGUCUUGGUCAUGGUGUCUCUUCACAGCAAUAAAACCCUAAGACAAACACCUAUACAAAUAAAAUAAGUAAAACAAUUUUUUAAAAAAAUUAAAAAGAGUAAUAAGUAUUUGGGCAUUAUAUCAAUACCAACUUCUCAAUUUUCACUUCCUUUUAUUUAUUUAUUUGAGCAUGUUCCAAGGUUCAGGUGUAGAGGUCAGAGGACAGCCAGUGUUCAGCUCAUUCUCUCCUUCUGCCAUGUGGACUCCAGCAAUGAAGCUCAGGUCUUGGCCACAGGUGCCUUUGCACACCGAGACAUCUCACUUGCUCUGGUUUUCUUUCUUUCUUCUUUUAAAAGAUUUAUGUAUGUAGGUAUGUAUGUAUGUAUGUAUGUAUGUGAGUAUACUGUAGCUGUACAGAUGGCUGAGAGUGCUACGCUCUCCGGUCGAGUCAACUGGACAAGCCGAAAGGCUUAAAAGUCACUCAUGAGGCAAAAGAGUUUCAAGGAAGCUCUCCUCCUGGAGUCUAGUGUUCUCUACCCAUUCAUUAAUUUUUCAUUCCCAAGUUCCAUUACCGCGCUAGUCUAGAGUAUGGAUCCACAUGCUCUCUUUCAGUAUUUUCCUAUUAUAAGUGCUCUGACAUGGCUAAAGCCUUCCGCCAGUGUUCCAACAGUCCAAGGGCGUCCUUGACCAAGUUCAAGGGUUUAGAAUUCAGCAAGAUUGUAAAAGGUAAGUCACUCCCUUACACAGGAAUUUACCAUCACUUAGGAAGAAGGAAGUUUCAGACCAAAGGAGAAACCAGAAUAGAUACACACGUAUUUACAAUGGCCUAAGGGGAAGGUGGACUAUACAAGAGACUAAAAUAGGAACUAUGGCAAGGACGCGGAAGCCCUUGACCCUGGCUUCUAAGACUAGUGAAUUUUAGGUGGAGCCCUUGUUGAUCCCAGCUGUUAUCAAUGUAUUCUAUCAUGGGUGGUUCCCGUUAGACCUUUUGUGUUUGCAUUCCUCUGUUUUAUGUAAGAUUCCAGUUACCUCAAUUGUACCUUGCGAAUAUGUCACCCAACUUCCUUAUUGUCCUCUGCAUAAAAAGUCUGAUGCUCGAGUUGUAAAAUUACACUCAGAUUCCACACGAACUCUCCUGUGUGUGUGUGUGUCUGUUUGUCCCUCAUCCACGCUUUGCCCACCCUCGUCGAGAGACCCCGUUCCACGCAGACACAGGGACCCAGAAGGUCUGCGGCAUGAGAGCCUUCAUGUGGUUGUUGGGAAUUGAAUUUUAGGACCUCUGUUCACUCUGGUUGACCUCUCUCACUCCGGUCAACCCCACUCUCUCCGGCCCAAAGAUUUAUUUAUUAUGAUAAAUAAGUUCACUGUAGCUGUCUUCGGACACCCCAGAAGAGGGCGUGAGAUCUCAUUACGGGUGGUUGUGAGCCACCAUGUGGUUGCAGGGAUUUGAAUUCAGGAUCUUCGGAAGGGCAGUCAGUGCUCUUAACUGCUGAGUCUUCUCGACAGCCCUCUAUUUUUUCCCCCCUGAGAUGAGAUCCUGAUUCAUUGUUUCUGCUGUCCUCUAAUUUCCGGAGAUGGACUUCCUGCCUCAGCCAACCCAGCAUCCUGGAGUAAAGCUGAUAGACACCUCACCCAACUCUGUUUGAUUUUGAUGCUGUAAUAUGGUUAUGGGAGAGGAUACUGUUAGGUAGGCUGGACAAAGGCAUUCAAGACUCUGUGUUUGGGGCAGGAGAGAUAGCUCAGGAGCUAAGAGUGUAUCUUGCUCUUCCAGACGACGGAGUUCAAUUCCCAGUACCUACACUAAGUGUCUCAUAACCAAUGGUAAUUUCAGCUCCAAGGAUCCAAUGCUGAUAGAUUCCUCAGGCACCCACACCCAUAUUCACACACUAAAGAAAAUCUUUUUUUUAAAAGUCAGCUCUUUGAAACUACAUCUGUGAGGUUUGUUUUCUUUUUCUUAUUUUUAGGAUGAGUCUUAGGUAGCUCAAGCUGGCCUUGAUCCAAUCCUCUGCCUUCACCUGCCAAGUGCUGGUACCGUGGGCAGGCAUCGCCAUCAUGCCCAGCUUCUGCUUCCCGAAAAUAAAAUGUCUGUAUGUGGUACUUCCCUGACUUGAGAGCUCAACGUUGACCUCAAACUAUGAUGUGUAACUGAGGUGUCCCUCUGACUUACUGAUAAAGACCCACUGUUAGUGGAUUAGGAGUGUAUGUGGUUAAGACGUAGUUUGGUGUAAAAGCAAGGGCUCACCAUGUGUGAGGGCCUAGAUUCAACCUCAGCACCCAAAGAACAAGAAAGAGGUAUCAGGGACAUGAAAAAGGGUGAGCCUUUGGGGACCAACUCCUUUAAUGCUGUCUUAGUCAGGGUUUCUAUUCCUGCACAAACAUGACCAAGAAGCAAGUUGGGGAGGAAAGGGUUUAUUUAGCUUAUACUUCCACAUUGCUGUUCAUUACCAAAGGAAGUCAGGACUGGAACUCAAGCAGAUCAGGAAGCAGGAGCUGAUGCAGAGGCCAUGGAGGGAUGCUACUUACUGGCUUGCUUCCCCUGGCUUGCUCAGCUUGCUUUCUUAUAGAACCCAAGACUACCAGCCCAAUGAUGGCCACCACCUACAAUGGGCUGGGCCCUUCCUCCUUGAUCACUAAUUAAGAAAGUGCCUUACCGCUGGAUCUCAUGGAUGCAUUUCUUUACCUAAAGCUCCUUUCUCUGUGAUAACUCCAGCUUGUGUCAAGUUGACGCACAAAACCAGCCAGUACAAAUGCCAUAUUCUUUCCUUCCUUUCUUGCUUCCUGUCUGUCUUUCUCUCUCUUUUCUUCUUUUCCUCUCUCUUUUUUUCUUUCUUUCUCUCUCUCUCUCUCUCUCUCUUUCUUUUUUUCUUUUCUUUCUUUUUCUUUUUUUUGAAACAGGGUCUCACUAUGUAGCCCUGGCUGUCCUGGAACUCACUAUCUCACUAUGUAGACUAGGCUGGCCUCGAACUCAGAAAUCCACCUGCCUCUGCCUCCCAAACGCUGGGAUUAAAUUCAUGCACAACUACACCUGGAUUCAAUGCCAUAGUCUUAGCAUUCAGAAGCCAUGAGACUAAAACUUUAAAAUUCUGUAUUUCUACAUUUGUAUUUGUGACAUGCUAUUUAGUGCCCAUUUAUUUGCUUUAUCUCAAUACUAGUAAGAGUACAGAAUUCUUUGAAGAGGCCUUUUACCACCCUCUCCCCUUCUCCUCCCAUCUUUCUUUUUUUUUUAAAGAUGUAUUUAUUUAUUAUAUGUAAGUACACUAUAGCUGUCUUCAGACACUUCAGAAGAGGGAGUCAGAUCUUGUUACAGAUGGUUGUGAGCCACCAUAUGGUUGCUGGGAUUUGAACUCCGGACCUUCGGAAGAGCAGUCAGGUGCUCUUAUCCACUGAGCCAUCUCACCAGCCCCAUCUUUCUUGAAUAGCUAUUUAAGGCCUGUUGUUCCAGCUGGGAUUUCUAGAGGUACCCUAGCAAGCCUUUUCAUAGUUUUCUGUCAGGCUGGUCUGGCCUCAGACCCUUGUUUGAGCCUCCCAAAUGCUGAGGUUAGAGAUGCUGCCAUGCCUGGCAAACUUAUUCAUUUUUUGAAGAAUGUUAAAAUCCCCCCGGUGUUGCGAGGUAACUCCUGGAUCCCUGAACUCUCCCUUCCCAGCCCCCAACACCCUUCAACAGGACAAAUGAAUGACUUAGGGAUCCAGUCAUACCUUCACCAAAACCUUAUCUCAAUUUAGGUAUGGUGGUGCUAGUCUGUAAUCUCAACACUUGGGAGGCAGAGUCAGGAGGUUUACAAGCUCAGAGAAAAGAAAUAGAUUGAGUCCCAGGCAAGUCUGGAUUACAUAGCAAGACUCUGUCUUAAUACCACCAUCUCCACACAAUCACCUAUUUACUUCUGGGCUGGAGAGUUGACUCAGAUGCUAAGAACACUGGCUGCUUUUCCAGAGGACCCUUGUUUGAGUUCCAGCAUUCACAUGGUGGAUCACAAACAUCUGUGUUUCACGGGAUCUGCCUACCCUUCUGGUCUCCCUAAGGGCAUCAGGCACAUCGGUAUACAAACAAACAUGCAGGCAAAACACCCAUACACUUAGAAUUAUGUCACUAAAGUGUCGUUAUUUCUAUUAUUUCUUUAAAUACCUAUUCCCAUUGGACUGUUUGGUCCCAUAGGGAACACAGAUCUUUGAGCCACUCAUCUUUGAAUUGUCAGUCUGUAACAGUGUUGUGGUGAAUGUAUUCAGUAAGUAUCCAGUGAAGCAAGCAGUCAGAGUAAAGGCCCCUGCACAGCCUCCUCCUCCUCCUCCUCUGUAGUUUGAGUCUAGCCCACCUCAGGCCAGAGCUGGCAUUCUGCUGGUAGAGUUCUGUCCCCUCUUAGGUUCUCUCUCAUGGUGUGUCAUUUCCUUACCCAUAUAUAUAUAUGUCAUUGAUGUUUUGCCUGCAUGUUUGUCUGUGUGAGGGUGCCAGAUCCCCUGAACUGGGUCCCUGGAAGAGCAGCCAGUGCUCUUAUCAGCUGAGCCAUCGCUCCAGUUUCCUUAUCUUUUAAUCGAACAUAAAGGCAUCUCCUCGCUGGGUUGUUGGGAAGAUGGCAACAGAUACUUCAUGGGAACCUCUUAGCACCGUCCCUGGCAGAGGACAGAACUUGUUUCUUGGGUUGGCUGUCAUGUGUCUACAGUCAUUUGGGAAGAGGGGAAUUUAGAGAACGACCUCCUAUAAGAUUGGCCUGUGGGACAUUGUCUUGAUUAGUGAUUGUUGUGGGAGAGCCCAACUUAUUGUGGCUGGUGCCACCCCUGGGCAGGUGUCUCCUAGAUGGUGGAAGAAAGCAAUCUGAGCAAGGCAAGAGGAGCAAGCCAUUAAACAGCAAUCUUCCAAGGCUCCUGCUUCCAGGUUCGAGCCUUGAGUUCCUGUGACUUCCCCUUAGUAAUGGGGCGUGACCUGAGAGUGGAAGCUGAAAUAAACCUUUUCUCUCCUAGUUGCUUUGGCCAUGGUGUCUUAUCUCAACAGAAACUCUAAGACAGUCCUCAAAGGUAUACCUGUGGAAACACGGAAGCAAUAAUUAAAAGCAAUGACUCCGAGGCUGCAUGUUUAACUGUUGAGAACCUGCUAUGUGUCUCUGUACAGAAAUGAGUCAGAGAACGUUUUCUGAAAUUUGGGUUUUCAGGGAAGGCGGCUUGGAAUGGCAGUGAAGGUGGUAUUCCGGAACACAAGACUCAGUGGGGCAUCCUGGCUUCACAUUCCACAAGAACCUGCCGGGCGCAGAGCAGAACUGCUGGAAUCCGUGGUGAGCAGUCCUCUGAGCUCUCUGUCACGUGUCUGACAAUGACACUGAAUCCGAUCGUUGCCAACUAUAACGAACCGGUUCAAAACUCACCUGCCGGUGUUCCUGGGUGCCCAUGCGACCACGCUUACACCGAGAAGCGCUAGCUGCGAGGACAUAAAGAUACCUCAAACCGCGGAUCACAGCCCGGCGCGCAGGGGUGGAGGAUCCCUCUCCGGGCAUGCGCGCUGGCCCAGUGGCGCGGCCCGACAGGCACUGCGGUAGGCACCCUCGGGUCCGGCAGGACCCUGUCCCCAGCAUGGCGGCGCCCAGCGAAGUGGCCGCGGCAGUCCUCGGUGAAGGCGAUGGCGGGGCUUUUGGAUCCUGGCUUGACGGACGGUUGGAGGCGCUGGGAGUGGACCGAGCCGUUUACGCCGCUUACAUCCUUGGCGUCCUACAGGAGGAGGAGGAGGAAGAGAAGCUGGACGCCCUGCAGGGUAUCCUCUCUGCUUUCCUGGAAGAAGAGUCUCUCCUUGAUAUCUGUAAGGAAAUUGUGGAGCGAUGGUCAGAAACACGGGAUGUCACCACCAAAGUCAAAAAGGAAGAUGAGGUGCAGGCCAUCGCCACCUUGAUUGAGAAGCAGGCACAGAUUGUGGUGAAGCCCAGGGUGGUUUCAGAAGAAGAGAAGCAGAGGAAAGCAGCCCUGCUGGCCCAGUAUGCCGACGUGACAGACGAAGAGGACCUUGUUCCGAAACACCAAUGUGGAAGAUGUUCUCAAUGCUCGGAAAUUGGAGAGAGACUCACUUCGGGAUGAGUCCCAAAGGAAGAAGGAACAGGACAAGCUGCAGAGGGAGAAGGACAAACUAGCCAAGCAGGAACGCAAGGAGAAGGAAAAGAAAAGGACACAGAAAGGCGAACGGAAGCGAUAACCUUGGCCCACUCUGCUCCUUCCACCCAUGAAUUGUGUGUCUGUGUAUUUAAGAGAACUGAGACUAAUGUAUUUUCCAAAAUUUCCUAAGGCUUUCCCCCGUUGUUUACAUGUUGAAAAGGAAAAUCACAAUCACUUGUAAAUGUGCCAUGCUCUGGUGGUGUGGGCAGUCAAUUAUUGUUAGAAUCUUUACCAAAGAUCUGGAGUUAGGGUAGCCUUUCUAUUUUAGUACUGAACUCCUGUGCCCUUCUUUUUUAAAAAGGUCUUCCCUCAUUUUGUAUAUUUAGCCAGAUACAGAAAGCUCACAUCCUGAAGGAAACAUGACCAUUCUGAGUUUAAAAAAAAGUACAAAUUGCUUCUGAGGCACUAUUUGCCCUAAAAUAUAAUGGGCUUUUGUUUUGAGACUGGGUUUCAUUCUGUAGCCCAGGCUAGCCCUGAACUUGUUACAGUGUCCUUUUUUUCUCAGCUUCAGGAUUAUGGACAUAGAUCUCCACACCUGGCUUGUAACUAUUUUGAGGCUGAAAGAGCUAAUGAAGGGCCCUGCCUAGAUCCAGACUUUCUGACAUCAAAUUAGGGAAGUGGAGGAAAUUAUUUGGAAUGUGAUCUAAGUUUUUGUUUUUUUUUAAUGUGUCAACUUGGGCUCAGGCUGUAGUUGUGUUGCGUGCCUGCUUAGCAUAUACAAGGGCCUGGGACUGGGCCCCAGUAUGGAAGAAAGACUUAACCUGUGGGAAAAACAAUUAUCUUUUUAAAUAGAGAGCUAUGUAUUUUUCAUGUAAUCUGUGAUUUCAAGAAGAUGAUUGGAGUAUAAGGAUUAUCAUUUUGUUAGGUAGAGUUUCUUUUUUUCUUUUUGUAAUCAUGAGUUCCCUUGACUCCCCUCUUGAUUUUCUAUCUUGAUUUAUCCUGCAGGCAUGUCCUACCUUUUGACAUUGUGACUUGGCUUUGUUAAAAACUUGCAAAAAAAAUCAUGUUUUAAAUGUUAUGAUUUUGUGUUAGGCUGAAUUUAUAGCUGUCCUUGACCUCGGGUUGGACACACCUGCAACAUGAAUAGUAAGACCUAAUAAUUCCUGGCUUAAAGAAACUGAAGGAAUUACUCUUUUAGAGAAAAACACUGGAAAUUUUGCUAACACAAUACUUAAAAGUAUAUAGUUGGUGGUUAAGCUUAUGAGAUGAGUGAAUGGAAAACCUGGGAGAGGAAAGGGUGGACAGAAUUCAAGUCUGCUUCUGUCCCAGCCACAUCCACUUGUCAAUAAAGGCCUUCUGUACCUGACUUUGGGCAACAGGUAUCAAAAGCCUCAAGAGAACAGUUUCUCUGAUAAGAUUAUUUUAUACCAGGGGUCAGAAGACUCCACUCACGGGCCAAGUUUGGCCCAGUCAUUUUUGUAUGGGGAAAAAACUAAAAAGGUUUUUUACAUUUUUAAAAGGAAGACAUUCGUGACUGAGACCAUACGUGGCCUAUAAACCUAGCAUUUGGAGAAAGUUUGCUGACUUUUGUAACAUUGGCUGCCUUUGUGCAGAAGAAAAAAACAUGGUAGGGAAGGAGCUCUGCUGCCUCUUUGCCCUACAACCAUGGCAUUGCAAAAAUAACCACCUUUUUCUUUUUUUAAAUAAACUUUAUUUAAGUCAGUG